AAUAGGUGUUUUGACAUCCGACGGUUAAGCUAUGUUAGGUUUAGUGCUCCGUCUAUAUGAAAGACUGUCAAACCCAAGUGAUGCCUCUUUGUCUCUCCCUAUAGCUUUCUUAUUCUCAAGCAUUUGUGUUUCUGUAUCUUUUGAUUUUUCAAUUAAAUUUCAGUUCCCAUCGUUUGAAUCAUUCCUGACGAGGAUGGCGUCUGUAGAGAAGAAAAAUAGAUUCAGAUUUGCAGUACCGAAGAAAAAAACACACGGACUGGCAAAAGAUAUUACGAAGGGGAAGCAGGAUUGGACCUUUUUGCUGUGCUAUCCCAGUUCGGUUGCUUCGGAUAGAAUUGUUGGCAAGAUCUUGACGGCAAUUGAGGGGAUCGGCUUGGACAUCAUGGGGAUGAGAUUAAUGUGCGCAUCAGAAAAAUUUCUUACUACACACUUCGACAGGGAUGGUAGAAACCCUUGUCCCGGUGAUUCUACGCGACAUAUUCUUACUCGCUUUCCAUUUAUUGCCAUGAUAUUGGUAGGUGAAGGUGCUAUUGAGAAGGCUCGUCAGCUUACAUCAGAAGAAUAUGAAUCAUAUUUUACCUGCGAAAAGGUUCUUCAGCUUACAUCAGAAAUAUCAGUGACGAAAACACUUAACAUUUGGGCGCCUGGCAGGCUACAAGCUUACACCAGUGAUUCAUUUAGAAGUGCAGUAAAAGAUUAUGAAUUGUGGUUUGCUAGUGACUCUCUUUUCACCUGGAGAAAAGAAGUAGAGGCAAGUAAAUACCUGGCAUGUGCAUUCCCUGAUGGCACUUUAUCUGGCCCAACAGACGAUGUUAGGGAAAACAUAGUGAAAUUGGAGCACUAUAUUACCGUUCCACCGAAUUUCGCCGAUAUUUACUACGAGGAAGAUCUUACAUUCGUCCUAAUUAGGCCUUUGGCUUUCGAAAAGCAAUGCGUGGGUGAACUGGUAUCCAUUAUUGAGCGUAAUUCAUUUUACACAAAAGGGUUAAAGCUGGUAAGAAAGUCUGAAUUUCCUGACAGCAAGGCAUGGCCUGCUUCGUCAAGUGGAGAUGAGAAAUGUGAAUUUGGUAUUGGUAUCGCCAUGCUUGUGUGUCAUAUUCUCCCACAGAUACAAAUAGUGAACGAUGGAGAUGGUUGCAUAUCCAAUGACGGCAAUACUGGGAAGAUAAAAAUUUGCAGCAACUUGAUUUACCUAGGCGAGCCAGGGGAUAAGACAAUGAUUCGUGAGUUUUUUGAAUUUGGCGCUGUUUCCUGGGUGGAUCCCGCUAGUGGUGCUAACUGCGGUGGUUAUUUUGUGGCAACCUUGUCAAGCCUCCAGUUUGCAUGAUGUGCUCGUAUUCAUCUCAUCUUUAUGUGUAUAUAUUCCAUAGAAUUAAAGGGCUUAUCUGUUAUGUUAUGUUAGGAGAAAAAUCAAAUUCUCAGCAUGAUUAGCUCCUUUCCUUUACUUAAAUGAGUUGUUUAUGAAAUUGUCAUCCCCGAGUAAUUUUGACUUGGUACAUUCUCUAUGAGGCCCUAGUGCCCUCCAUUAUUAUUAUUAUUAUGGUGACCUCCAUUAUUGGUGCGUGUUCA